AUGCGACCAAGACGAGCGGCAAGCACUGGAGACAACAGCCGCUUGAUGGCUACAGUACCUGCAUCUCCGGUGCCACCAACUCCGCCGCCAUCUUCUUCUGCGUCUUCUCCGCCGAGUGCUGCCAGCAGGAAGCGCAUGCGACGCCAAUGUUCCCAUCCCGACUGCAGAAAAGUGGACGCGGGUGGCGGCUUUUGCGUUGCCCACGGAGGCGGCAAAAAGUGCUCGUUCCCGGGCUGCACAAAAGGGUACCAGACCGGCGGCUUUUGCCGAAAACACGGAGGCGGUGCACGCUGUCAGGUGAUUGGGUGCGGAAAAGUGGACGCUGGCAGGGGACUGUGUCGAGCUCAUGGCGGCGGCAAACGCUGCCAGAUCGCGGGAUGUCCGAAAGCUGACGUUGGCGGAGGGUUCUGCACAACGCAUGGCGGCGGCAGGCGCUGUUCGGAGCCAGGAUGCACCAAGAUUGACCAGGGAGGAGGUAGGUGCCGAGCUCACGGCGGCGCGAGACGAUGUCGACGAAGGGGCUGUCAGCAACCGGCUCGAGGCGUCACGGGAUUCUGCUCGGAGCACGGCGGGGCGCGUGUUUGCUCUGUCCUGAGCUGUAGAAGACUGGUGCGCUCUCCCAAUGAUACCGGCACGAUGUGUGCGACGUGUUCGGCGGGUCAAAAGCAGAGAGGCGUCGGACACACGCAGGUCGAACACGAGCACUCUUCGAAUAGCGAUCAAUCGAGCGAUAGUCCACGAGACAGUGCGGCGCUGACUCCAGAGCGCCAGAAUGCACAUGUGCUUGCAUCGUUUCGGCCGCCGCCUCCACACCCAGCAAACUCUCGGUGCGACGGCUCGCGGGUCGCUGGUUGCUUGAAUAAUGGUUGUGCGCGUAGUUACGGCGGAGACUGCAACUGUGCUGCAACGUGCUCAUGCAACGCUCCGACGUCGCCAUGUACGUCUCGAACAGUUCCAGUGCUAACGAGUAGCAACACGAUCCCAGCCGUUGCCUCUCCCGCCAGCCAGACACAAAGUCCCAACGCUAGCGAGUUUGCAUCGAUGCCUCAUGCCUCAUCGCCGAGGGCCACUAUGGUCCCGCGCGUUGUGCUUCGGAUCAGGCCGCGUUCGAGCUUGAUAAGCAUCCAGACAAUUGUCGCCAUGUUGGCGGCGAUGUCAGGAAUCAGGAGUGUGCACGUGGUCACAGACAGCUCCACGCUACCUCGUUCCGACGGAUGUGCGUCAAAGAGUGAAACAACAGUGCCUGAUUCUGGCUCGGAGCCAACUCCAUCGUCAUGGCUUGUAGUCGUGCGCGGAGACGAGUCGCUGGACACGGAAAGCUUUCCGGCAGUCGUACAGAGCCUCCAGCUUGCGGAGAUCGUCGUGGUUGAGCAAACGUCAACGGCCUGGACGCGCAAGGAAGUGGUACUACGAGUCCCCGAUAUGAUGUGUCCUGCAAACUGCGGUACGUCGAUACUUAACGCCGUGCGGGUAGUGGACAGGGUGGAAGCUGCACGACUCCGCUUUGAGCAUCGCCAAGUUGUCGUACGCGGUGACAUGAGCGUCGAUGCCCUCUGUGCGGCUGUCAUGGACAUUGGUUUCGACUCGAAAGUCGAUGCAGAAACUCUACUUCCUCGGCGAUUUCGUUUCCGUGUGGACGAUCUGAGCGAUGUGGGGCUAAACGGCGUCAAGCUCGAAGAAACACUGAUAGCCGUGGAAGGCGUCGAGAAUCUCGUGCUGCUCACAGAUCGCAUUGAAGUGUUGGUGGUAGCGAUGCUGCAGGACUCAACUCCGCUUGUGGAGGCUGCCCGCCGUGCAGGUUUUGACAUGCUUGAGCUGGCGGAAGAAGCUUGGCGAAUACCGGUGGAAGCGGUGCCGCCGCCACCUGGAUCGUCAAAUCAUGCGAACGCUGCCACUACAGCGUACCCUGAGACGCACAAGUGUGAUAUGCGUAUUUGCCCGCAAUUUGGUUGUCCGACAUAUAUGACGACUGUAGCCCACACCGCGGCACUAGCUGUUGGCUGGGCCGUACCGGGUUGUGGUAUGGCCUCUGGAGGAGAGUGUACGUGCGGAGAUAGUUGCAAGUUUGUGGGUUGCCCCAAGCAUGACCCCGUGUCAUGA